CGCUCGCUGGCUCUGGGGCCGCGGCGGCUCCUCUGCCGGGUCGCGCCGGAGGACAGGCUUCGGGCGGCGGCUUGGGCGGCCUGCGGACCGACCGGGUGGGCCGAGCGGCGGAAUCCCGCGCCUGCCGCCUGCCUAGCCCGCUAGCGCGGGGCGCACGCCAUGGCCGCCUCGCCCGGCUCGGGCAGCGCCAACCCGCGGAAGUUCAGUGAGAAGAUCGCGCUGCACACACAGCGGCAGGCCGAGGAGACGCGGGCCUUCGAGCAGCUCAUGACCGACCUCACCCUGUCCCGGGUUCAGUUUCAGAAGCUUCAGCAACUGCGCCUUACACAGUACCACGGAGGAUCCUUACCUAACGUGAGCCAGCUGCGGAACAGUGCAGCAGAGUUUCAGCCGUCACUUCAUCAAGCUGAUAAUGUUCGUGGAACCCGCCACCAUGGGCUGGUGGAGAGGCCAGCUCGGAACCGCUUCCACCCUCUUCACCGAAGGUCUGGGGACAAGCCAGGGAGGCAGUUUGAUGGAAAUGCUUUUGCAGCCAGUUAUUCUUCGCAGGCCCUGGAUGAGAGCUGGCCACGGCAACAGCCUCCUUGGAAAGAAGACAAGCAUCCUGGAUUCAGGCUAGCAUCUGCACUUAACAGGACCAAUUCUGAUUCUGCUCUUCACACGAGUGCUCUGAGCACCAAACCCCAGGACCCCUAUGGAGGAGGAGGCCAGUCAGCCUGGCCUGCCCCAUACAUGGGUUUCUGUGAUGGUGAAAAUGAUGGCCAUGGGGAAGUAGCAGCCUUCCCGGGUCCGCUGAAAGAAGAGAAUCUGUUAAAUGUCCCGAAGCCACUGCCUAAACAACUGUGGGAGACCAAGGAGAUCCAGUCCCUGUCCGGACGCCCUCGAUCCUGUGAUGUUGGGGGUGGCAAUGCUUUCCCACAUAAUGGCCAAAGCACAGGCCUCUCACCGUUCCUGGGGACUCUGAACACUGGAGGGUCGUUACCAGAUCUCACCAACCUCCACUACUCAGCGCCCCUGCCAGCCUCCCUGGACACCAGCGACCACCUCUUCGGUAGCAUGAGUGUGGGGAACAGUGUGGGCAACCUUCCAGCUGCCAUGACUCACCUGGGGAUAAGAAACUCCUCUGGUCUCCAGAGUUCUCGAAGUAAUCCUUCCAUCCAAGCCACAUUCAGUAAGAUGGCGCUCUCCUCAUCCCUCAAAUGCCACCCACAGCCAUCUGUGGCCAACGCCUCUGCUCUCCACCCCUCCAUCCGGCUCUUCUCCCUUAGCAACCCAUCUCUUUCCACCACAAACCUGAGUGGCCCCUCUCGGCGCAGGCAGCCUCCAGUCAGCCCUCUCACGCUCUCUCCUGGCCCUGAAGCACAUCAAGGUUUCAACAGACAGCUGUCUGCCACCAGCCCACUGAACCCGUAUCCUGCCUCCCAGAUGGUCACCUCAGAGCAGAGCCCACUUUCCUUCCUUCCCGCAGAUGCUCAAGCCCAAGUAUCCCCACCACCCCCUUAUCCCACACCCCAGGAGCUGCCUCAGCCACUCCUACAGCAGCCCCAUGCCCAGGAGCCCCCAGCUCAGCAGCCCCAGACAGCCCCCUCCCUGCCACAGUCAGACUUCCAGCUCCUCACUGCCCAGGGCUCAACUCUGACCAGCUUCUUCCCAGAUGUGGGCUUUGACCAACAGCCCAUGAGGCCCAGCCCUGCCUUUCCUCAACAGGUGCCUUUAGUACAGCAGAGCCACCGAGAACCACAGGACUCAUUCCACUUGAGACCAAACCCAUAUUCCAGCUGUGGCAGCUUCCCAAGCACCAUCCUGACAGAAGAUACAAGCACCGGCCUGUUCAAAGGCCUUAGUGGGGGGCUGUCAGGCAUGCCCGAGGUCAGCCUGGACAUGGAUGCCCCGUUCCCACUGGAAGAGGAGCUGCAGAUCGAACCCUUGAGCCUGGAUGGACUCAACAUGCUGAGUGACUCCAGCAUGGGCCUGCUGGAGCCCUCUGUGGAGGAGACGUUUCGAGCUGACCGGCUAUGAGCAAAGUGCAGUGGGGCUGGGGAACUGAAAUGGCCAGAGUAAGCUAGAGUGGAGCCAGCAAACACCCCGACAGAAGUCACAGCAUAGAGGGAGCCGUGAUGCCCCAGCCUCUCCACUGAGGUCCCAGCUCAGCCGAGGCUUUUCUAGACACACUGCACUCUCCAGCCUUCGGCACCAGCUGUACUGCUGCAGGCCAGCUGCUUUGGAGCUUCUGGUGACCAGAAAGCUCACCAAGUCACCCUUAAUUCUUUUUAUUGGCCACCCAGUCAGUUAGUGUGUAAAAGUAGAAAAUGCUGUGUAACAUGUCAGUGCUCCAAACCUCCGAUCCCCAUCAGCACUGAAGACUGCAGUUGGGGGCCUCAGGCCCGUGGAGUUGGCUCAGUGUCACACAACGGUACCAGAGCACCAUGAUGCCUUUCUGUCUGACUGCUAAAACCAGGCACCCCUCUGGCUGGUGGGUAUCGUGGGCCUAGCCAUUGCUCUGUCAGAUGGCUUACUUAAAAUGAAGAAGCUUAACCACCUGUCCCAGGGCAGGCUUAAGUCAGGCAAACUGAGUGCAGUUUGCUUCCUCCCGGUUUGUGAUCUCGUUUCUGCUGCUUCCCUGUAUGCGCACCUUUUCCUCACAGACAAGAGGAGAGGGAGACUCACUGAAAAGGAAGUUUCCUUGGAAACAGGAUGAGCCUAAAGAGGACUGUGCUCCUCGGAGACUGGAGGAGAAAAGAGAGGCCAUGGGGUGUCGCCUGCACAAGAUGCCCUUCCUCUUAGGCCUGCCACCAUACAGCCCACUGGAAGGAGCUGCUGGGACUCCUGUUAGCGCAGGGCAGCUGAACUGCCCUUUUCCUCCGCAACUUUCCCUGCAGACCUCAAGUCUAAUGCAAUUCCCACCAGACUGUUAGCUCCCAGAGGGCAGGCACUGUGCCUUGUUCUGUAUUGACCCCUAGUGCCCACCAAGUGCCUGGUGGGAGUGCGUGGCGUCCAGGUAUGGAGGAGUGAAUGACUGUGCCUCGUGGUGGAGCAGUCUAACCUGUAGCUGUCUCCAUUCCCUGCCUUAGCUCAGAGCUUUAACCUUCUCAUACUGGUGCCUUGGAUUCAGACUCACUUGCGUAUGCCUUAACACUAGGUGACCAGACCUGCCUGCUGCUAGGCUCAGCACUCCUCCUCCUUGGGAGUAUGUCCCUCAGCAGCUAGGUGGGAAUCCUCCAGAAUGGCUGAUUACACCAAACCCCAUGAGUGUGGAGCACCUGGCAUCCAGAUUGGGCCCCCACAGCAAAUUCUCCCACUCAAACUCAUAUUUUCUUUUUCUAAAUUGCUUAAAAUAGAGAUGCAAACUUUGAGGUUAAGAAAUAUGACCUGAUUCAUGGGACUCUUAUUAUUCAUCAACACCUUAUCACAGUAAUUUGAGCAGAUUCUACGACCACCUGCUUCCUAGCCCCAAAUGGGGAAAGUGAUGUCCACCCAGCACAAGGGGAGAAGCCAGGGUGGGGAAGAGGAGGAGGACCCUGGAGGAGAAUCUUUGCUUGGACACCUGCUGUCCUUCCUGAGAUGUGAGGGUGUAGCUGAGGUUCAGUGGCUGUUCCCACCCAGGAGAGCAAGGAUGGAGUAAAAGGAAGCUGACUCAUCUGUGCCUAAGGCAAAGUAGCCUGCCGACUGGAAGCUGGUUCCUCCAGCUCCCUACACCGUGAUUCUUCUUAGGCUUUCCUUACGGUUCUUCAAACAGCCCAAUGGAGCCGUGCUUCGGCUUCCCUAAGGACCCAAGAAUCCUGUGCUCCCAUUUACCCCAAUCUCUGCUGUUUAAUUGGGAAACCAAAUUAGAAUCCUCUUCACCUGGUUCCACCCCUCACCAUGCCACGGGCCUCUGCUUGCAAGCCCUAUUCCCAAUGAAACUCAUAUGCUUGAUGCCUGCGAUCCCAGAGUGAGGUGAGUUUAGUCAAGCUUUUCACUCCUUGAGGUGCCCAGCACCCCAGCAUACCCACACAAGCCAGCUCUCGUGUCAGAGGCCCCUGAAAUUGGAUCUCCACCUUCAGGCAGAGAUCAAUGCUGAUGUAAAAGUUGAGAGAAAGGGUUCCAAGCACAAUCUGCUCUCUGCAUCAAGCCUUAUCCGUGGGAUCAUUGUGUUGGUGAUGCCCAUACAGCACACAGGAAGAGCCAGGUAUGAGGUGACAGGGUCAGGAGGAGGAGAACCCUGAAGGAGAAUCUCUGCUUGGACAUGUGCUGUCCUUCCAUGGGGGUGUAAUGGGAGAUCUCACCACCCUAUACCUUAAGUUGCCCAGUUCCUGAGGCAUUCUCCAGCCGAUGGGCAAGCACUGGCUAUGUGGGAAGUUGAAAAAAGAAAACCCAAAAAACAAAAAAGACAAUGUAGCACUGAAUUAAAUCUACCCGUAGGCCCAUCAGCCUGGUCUUUUCAUGUGAGUAGCUUUAAGCCACUGGAGAGCCCACCUGUCUAGAUGGUGUUAAGUACACCAGGAGAUAGUGUUGCCCUGCUGCAGCCGUGUAAGCCUGUACUCGAUGCUGCCUUUGUGACAAAUCUGUCUUAGGCGUCAACAUGGAAGUGGCUACCGGCUUCCCCAGACCUCUCUUCGGUGUCUUCUCUCUGUCCCACCAGCUGUCCUUCCCUAGCAGCGCAGCAGUUGUGGGUUUUAGGAUGUGAGUGUGAGGAGAGAUGUUCUGAUUGUGUCAGGAUCAGCUCUUCUUUGCCCUGCCCCCCCCAAGUCUACUGUAUAUUAUCUGGGCUGAGAGGUCGUGUAUUCAUGCUCGUGCACAUAUCUGAAGACAUUUCCUGUCAGGCUCUUCUGAUUUAUGCACAGAUGGUUCCCAGCUUUUCCACUGCUCCAGAAUGGGGCCAUCCCAGCAGCUAAUCAGACUUCCGGCCAGUGUCCUAACUCCCGGCCUUUUGUUAAGCAAUAUUGAAAGAUCGGACUUUGUAUAAAGUAGCUUCUAAGUUUUAUAAUGCAUCAUUUUACAUCUUUCAUAAUUAAAAGCAGCACAAUAUGGUUGUAUCUGC